AUGUUGAGACAACGUCUUCGUGAGGAACGGACAGCAAGUGUUGCAAUCGUUUCAACAAGGGUCUCCGGCGACGAGGCCAUCACGCAAUUGGUGGACGAGUUUCGCGACCAGAAUCUGAGGGCCGAUCGCGUGUUUAGCGUAUCGAUGAAUGUGGAGAAUGUGUUUCUGUGGCGAUAUUUAUGCCAAUUCUGCAAAACAAAUGGCAUCGAAAACAAGGAUCUGAAGGCAGCGACUGUUGACAUAAGUGUUACCCAUUCUAUCGCUGAUCCCAUUGUCAACGGCGAGCAGACAAUACAACAAUCGAUGGCUACGAGCGAUGAGAUGCCGAUCGUUGAUAAUCCUAUCGUUGAUAAUCCUAUCGUUGAUAAUCCUAUGGUUGAUAUACCUAUCGUUGAUAUACCUAUCGUUGAAAUGCCUAUCAUUGCCGACGUGUCACAAACCAAUGAUGAAACCGAAGUACAAACCACUGUUGAUUUGUUUGAUCUAUUAGUUCCAGACGUUCCCAUAUUCUGCGCUUACCUCGAAAAAUAUGUACACAAUGUCACCGCUCAACACCUGACCAUCGCUGACGCACUCGACUUUGAAUUUAUUUUCAAUCAAUUCAUGAAAGUGUCGCUACUUUUAGACAUUGGAGACGACGCCCAAAGAAAAAUUUUGGUGCAAACAAUGCGCUCAAUACUGAUUGACAAUCAAAUCGGCGACAAAUUUCACGGCUAUAUCACUCCAGUGAUGAAAUGUUUGGCCACAAACGGUUUCACCGAUGCGGUCGUAACUCAGGUGUCGGCUACUCUUGCUCAGCUAUCGGCUACUCUGUUGGAGGACAUGGAAGCCGACGGCCGGACAGAAGAGGCGCCAGAGUUGGCCGACAAGAUUAAGACCGCCGAAGAAGAGGUGAAUGGUAUUAGAGACCGGAUUGCGGCCAAUACUUCACUGUUAUCGCAAUCUUCGCAGACAUCACUGCAAUCAAAGAGUUUGCCGUCAUUUGCGGAUCACCCGAAGUCAUUGAUGAGCUGUUUGCAAGUGUUCUCCAGUUGUCUGGAGUUCGGCAACUAUACCGAAGUGAAUGCCGUAAUGCAAACACAUAUUGAGAAAGUUGUCAGUAUUUGUCCUAAUAUUCCUCCGCAGUCUGUUCUGUAUAUUUUCCUGAAAGACAUCGAAGAGAUUAAGAUAAUCUCAUUGCAGAGCAUAUUUGACUCGCUUUGCGAACACGGGAUCACUAUAUUCGACGAUAAGGUGGACAAGAAUGGCCUCACGAGUGAAGACAACUCCAAAGCGCGACAAUUGGCGUUCGAUAGCGACGGCGACGAAGACUUUAUCACAUCAUUGAAACAGUUCUUCGAGUCUCAACUGGAGUCCAUAAGUGAAGACAACUCCAAAGCGCGACAAUUGGCGUUCGAUAGCGACGGCGACGAAGACUUUAUCACAUCAUUGAAACAGUUCUUCGAGUCUCAACUGGAGUCCAAUGUGUGGCAAAUACGUGAGACCACUGUUCAGGGCGUGGCUAAGCUGUUGAUACACUCGAGGCUGUAUUCGCCGGAACUGUUGUCCAAAAUGAUUGUCAUUUGGUUCACACCGGAAGAGAAGCAGGAGAUCGUCCAAUUCAUUGGCGACUUUCUACGGCAGUACGCGUUGGCCGAGUCUCUGGGCGUGAUUGUCGGCCAGUCGGCCCUUCAGGACUCAUUCCUACCCACACUUGAGAUCCUAUACGAACAGCGAAGCGAAACACCGCCGCCGAAGCGGAUCAACGCCGAGAAUCUCAUCAAAUUCUUCUUGAAUCUCAUCGACGACAACAGUCACCAGGAAUUGGCCAAAGAUCUGGCGAAACGUAUUGUCGAUUGCGACCAAACGCAGACCAAAUUCGCCGAAGACUACCUCCUGCUGGCCGUCACUCAUCUCAAUCUGGUCUCGAUGUCCAACAAAGACCUGAAAGCGUUUGGCGAGAAUAUGGAGAAAAUUGCGCUCAAAUUUGAGACAUCGAAGUCGAAGGCAGUGAAGAAACGGUUGGUGUCUAUCGUGAAGAAGAUUGAGAACAGAGGCCAACAGUUGAGCGCUGACACCGCCUUCGAGCAGGACUUCGAGCCCAUUGACGAUAUCGACGACACGUUGGACCAGAUGUCGGCGGCUGACGUGACUCCGCCUCCCGUUCCCGUCAUUCGUACCGACACUACCGCCGAUGAAAGCGCGGACCCACUCGUCGACGAAGACGGAGAUGAGGGACAGAACACGGCUGCGGAGGCCAACGAUUCGGACGCCGAGAGUUUCAACACGUGUCCCGAGAGUCAGAGUCCGCCGCAAAAGCGACGCCGACUGACCACCGAUGGCGAGUCGUUUUUCGACACUAACGAACCCGAUUCGGUGCCCAACGGCCUCGAGAGUCAUCCGCUCUUCGAUGAGGUCAACGACUUGGAGACCAACACUUCUGAACUCAGUUUGAAUGAAUCCAUGGCUGAAGUCAGUGCCGAACCCGUGGCUGAAGUCAGUGCUGAAACUGCUGGCGAAGAAACUGCUGAACCCAUGGCUGAAGACAGCGAUGAAGCCUUGGUAUCGACCGUAACGGUCGGCGCGGAACCGACCAAUGAAAGCACCAGUGAAUACGUAGAGUCCUCCGAAGCGACCGGCGCUGAGAAUGUCGAUCAAAUCGCUGAUGAAUGCAUGUUAUCAACCAUUAGUACCGGUGCCGCCACCGCUGACGAGGACCCGAGUCCAGAACCCGAUCCCCGAUUGGACGACCCCUUCAUGACUUAUACGAGAAUACCUGUGCCGCACAGGGUUUUCACCAAUUCUGUUCACUUGAAAGACAACGUCUUCGUGAGGAACGGACAGCAAGUGUUGCAAUCGUUUCAACAGGUCUCCGGCGACGAGGCCACUUGUUUCCAUUUCGACAACUCUUCGUUCAAUUUGUUUCGCUUGUCUUCGAGUUCACGAUUGGUCUCAUCGGCUAUCGACUCGUUCUCAUCGGCUGUGGACUCAAUGCUGGCGAAUAUGUCGCUAAUGAUUUCGACCGUAAAGUCUAGAUAA